CUUUUAAUAUUUUCUUUGAAACAAUGAACAGGAUUGUUAGAGACAUUUUAAAAGUACAUCGUUGGACAUUCACAAGCAAACGUUAUGUAGAAUGCCCACUCCCUGCAGAUUAUUACGAGCCUGAGACUGUAAUGGCGACAACAGACAAUGGGAUUAGAGUAUGUACUGAGCAGACGUGUUUUCCUCUCGCCUGCGUUUCCCUCUUCAUCCAGGCAGGCCCGCGAUACGAGAAUGCUGCAUAUAAUGGAAUAAACCACUUCAUAGAACACAUGGCUUUCAAAGGUUCAUCUUCCAUGUCCAAAUCCGCCAUAGAAAAAUUCACCUACGCCUCCGGCUCGCGCCUCGACGCUCGAACUACGCAGGAGUUCCAAAGAUUCACCAUCACAUGCGAUCCCGAGUGCGUCCAGACUGCGACUCUCCUUCUCUGCGGAAUAGUCAACCAAUUGCAAAUGGACGCGUGCGAGGUCGAACGCGAAAAAGAUAACAUGUGCUUAGAGCUGCAAGACGGAGACCGGAACUUCAAAACAAUCGUUUUUGAGAACUUGAUCCAGUCAGCGUUUCAAGGUACGAGUCUAGGUCAGAAGGUGAUCGGGUCGUCGACGAAUAUAGCCCGAUUUGACGGCUGCAUGGCUCAGACGUACAUGUGCUCUCACUACCAGCCUUGGAGACUGGUGUUCGCGAGCUCCGCUCCCGUUCACAACGGGGUCAUACUCGCCAACGUGUGUAACAUGCUUAACUGCAUGCCUACGACCUGUCCGAACUCCGACCGUGGCGGCAGUAGAUACACAGCCUCUUCUGUCAUGUACCGUGACGAUUCUAAAGAAUUUCUUCACGUGGCAGUUGCUUUUGAAGCACCUGGCUUUUUAAGCGAAGAUUAUAUGUCUAUGCGAACACUUAAGAAUGUAAUCGGAUCUUGGAGUAAGUCGGACAGUGUGAUCGGGGCGUGGCCGGAGCUCGCCAUGCGUUGCGUUGACACGGAACUCUGUAAUAGCUUCGAGAGCUUCUACAUAACGUUCGGUGACGUCGGUCUUUGGGGGGUUUACUUCGUGUGCGGGAAGAUGGACGCGGAAGAUUUCUUACACAAUUGGCAGGAUGUUUUGAAAUCCAUGUGUUGCUCGUUGAGAUAUAGCGACGCUCAGCGCGCGAAGCGGGCGACGAAGUUAGAGAUGUUUAAAGAACGAGCUGGCGCUUACAACUCGAGCGUGUCUAUGGGUAAAGAGAUUAUGUAUAGGGACAUGCGGCCGUCGCUGAAGGAUUACGGACGUGCCGUGGAUAUCUUGGAGCAGCAUGAGCUGCAGGAGUUAGCCUACAGGAUGAUCUACAACGCGCAGCCGGUGAUAUCGGCCGCUGGCCCGACGGAAGGUAUUCCCGACUAUACCAGGCUUGCUGCUAGUCAGUAUUGGAUUCGAUGGUAAUAGAUUUCGGUAUAAAACAUCAAUUCCACGUUGCCCCGUCGACAUCAA